AUGGCGACCCCCAACAACCUGACCCCCACCAACUGCAGCUGGUGGCCCAUCUCGGCGCUGGAGAGCGAUGCGGCCAAGCCUACGGAGAGCCCCGAUGCUCCCCAAGCGGCCAGCCCCGCCCAUUGGCCCAAGGAGAGCCUGGUACUGUACCACUGGACCCAGUCCUUCAGCUCCCAGAAGGUACGGCUGGUGAUUGCAGAGAAGGGCCUGGCAUGUGAGGAGCGGGACGUGAGCCUGCCACAGAGCGAGCACAAGGAGCCCUGGUUCAUGCGGCUCAACCUGGGUGAGGAGGUGCCCGUCAUCAUCCAUCGUGACAACAUCAUCAGUGACUACGACCAGAUCAUCGACUACGUGGAGCGCACCUUCACAGGAGAGCACGUGGUAGCCCUGAUACCCGAGGCGGGCAGCCCACAGCAUGCACGGGUGCUGCAGUACCGAGAGCUGCUGGACUCACUGCCCAUGGACGCCUACACACACGGCUGCAUCCUGCACCCCGAGCUCACCACCGACUCCAUGAUCCCCAAGUACGCUACGGCUGAGAUCCGCAGACAUUUAGCCAACGCCACCACGGACCUCAUGAAAUUGGACCAUGAAGAGGAGCCCCAGCUCUCUGAGCCUUAUCUUUCUAAACAGAAGAAGCUCAUGGCCAAGAUCCUGGAGCAUGAUGAUGUGAAUUACCUGAAGAAGAUCCUUGGGGAGCUGGCCAUGGUGCUGGACCAGAUAGAAGCCGAGCUGGAGAAGAGGAAGAUUGAGAAUGAGGGACAGAAAUGUGAGCUGUGGCUCUGCGGCUGUGCCUUCACUCUCGCCGAUGUCCUUCUGGGAGCCACCCUGCACCGCCUCAAGUUCCUGGGACUGUCCAAGAAAUACUGGGAGGAUGGCAGCCGGCCCAACCUGCAGUCCUUCUUUGAGAGGGUCCAGAAGCGCUUUGCCUUCCGGAAAGUUCUCGGCGACAUUCAUACCACUCUGCUCUCGGCUGUCAUCCCCAAUGCAUUCCGGCUGGUCAAGCGGAAACCGCCAUCUUUCUUUGGGGCCUCCUUCCUCAUGGGCUCCCUGGGCGGGAUGGGCUAUUUUGCCUACUGGUACCUCAAGAAAAAAUACAUCUAG